UCACUUUAAUUAACAUAUUUACACAUAUUCAGUGUGAAUUGCUCGGGAAAAAGUCUCACUCACGUACAUUUUAUUGAGUAGCCCGUUCAACUAAAAUCUAAGCCUGAAUUAAAUUACAUUACUUCAGCGAUAGUUGUGAACAAUUUUUUUUUUAUUUUGGACUAUAUUGUUUUAUACGGCUGCAAGCAUGCUGAAAAUUCCUCAGAGGAACAAACUGCCGUCACUGACGCCGCGACCGAUCAAAAUCGAACGGCCGACACCCAGAAAAAAGCUGAACUUCAUUAAGCCGGCAUACGUAAUGCCAAAGAAGCCAACCAGAUCGGAGGAAAUUGCCAAUAUGACAGCCGAAUUGAAUGAGCGCUUGAUUACACUGCAAACUCGCGUCGCUGAAUGGAAGGCCCUGAGAGAGAAUAAGGAUGAAUAGAGCUUGUUAUUAAAUACAUUGUUUUUAGCCGGAAAUGCACAACAAAUUAAAUAACGUUUUCAGACGGACAACUA